AUGAAAUUACUUUUUAAGUCGAGAUCGCAAUAUUAUCAAGUCAAGAAAGCGAAUAUUACACUUUGCUGCUUGAUACUUUUUAUCAUUUUCUCUUUAUUCCCUUUUUCCCAGCAUGAAAUAUUGCAUCGUAAUCUAAUUGACAAAAGGCUACCAGAAAUCAAUCCAAAAUAUGCUAGCAAUGUCGAAAUAUAUGAAAAUAUUACAUGGAAAUCUCAAUUUGAUGAUCCAAUCAGACAAUUGCAUUCACAGAAUUUAUAUACAAAGAUAACUGUAUAUGCACAUGCAUUGGUAAGAGAAGUUAGAAUGUGUUAUCAUUUUCAAAAUGUUUACUUUUCUGCGUGGGGUAUAGCCCAAAACCAAUACAACAUAAAAUUUGCGCAAUACAUAAAGAAGCAAAAAGAAUAUCUUGAACCAAGUCCAAAUCCAUGGGAAUAUUACAAUAAAAUCGUAAUGGCUUACUCUCAUCAUCUUGAAUAUGGACAUUUUAUGGGUGACAUGUUAUCAGCACUCAUUCAAAUGCCACAGGAAUACUUAAGAGAUGCAGAUAUUUUCAUUAAUUUUAAUGAAAAGCCAGCUAGAAAAAUUUGUGGCAUAUUAGGUUUCAACGAGUCGAGAAUUCAUAAAUUACCUAAAUAUUGGACAUAUGCACUUGACGUCCGUGUUAUAGUUUCCAAAGAAGGAGCAAACGCCUUAUUAGUGAAUGGUCUCAAAAUUCUUCACGAAAAGUUUUAUGCAGCAUUAAAUCUUUCUUCAAUUGUUCCCAAUAGAUAUAUUUUCCUCAACAGAAUAAAAGGAAUUUGGGGAACAAUCAAUAAUCUUCCUGAAUUAUUUGAAAGUGCCAAAACUAACUUUCCAAAAUACAAUUGGGAGAUCGCUAAUGAGUCAAUUGCAUAUUCAACUAUAGAUGCAGGUAAACUUCUUGCUCACACAAAAUUUUUAAUAACAACAGCAGGAUCAAUGAACUUUAAUUGCGUUUUCAUGCAAAAAGGAACUGCUGUAUGUGUUUGUGGAUCGAAAUGCCUGGAUUAUCCUGCAAUUGCCGUUCAUUAUGCAAUGGGAAUUUGGUCUAUUUAUACAAAUGGCUUUCUUUUGCAUGGCAAAGUUGACACGAAACCAUUCCCUGUAGAUAAAUUUAACACAGCCGUUUCAUUACUCUUAGAAGCUCAAGAAACAGGUAAAUGGCCGAAAUCUGCGGCAAAAGAUUAUAUAUAUGCUUGGCCAAUAAAUACUAUCAAAUGGCAAGCAGAGAAAGGAUACAGAAACUAUCCUUUAAGACCUCAAUACUAUCGUUUAGAACGAAAAAUCAUAUAA